AUGCCGUCCUUCCACUCUUUUUGUCUGCUCCCUCUCCUUGCUGUCGUGGCCCUUGCUGCUCCCGCUGCCCUUGACAAGCGUGCCUCUCCGGCAGUGACCCUCGACGAUGCAACCUUCAUAGGCAAGGCGGAUGGCAAACUUAACAAAUUCCUCAGCAUCCCCUUCGGCAAGCCUCCUGUCGGCGACCUGCGUUUCAACCUUCCAGUCCCCGUUGACGCGUACACAGGCACGCACACCGUGACCUCCACAGGCCCAGUGUGCCCCCAGCAGUCGCUCACUGUUCCCAUCUUGACCGGUCUUGCGUCGGAAGUGGUCGACUUCGUCGUCAACACCUUUAUCGACACCAUUGAACCCUCGGACGAAGAUUGCCUCUCUCUCAGCGUGAUCGUUCCCGAUGGGACCAAGCCGGGAGACGAUCUGCCUGUCGCCGUCUGGAUCUUCGGAGGUGGUUUUGAAAACGGCAGCUCGAACUCGGACGAUGGUGGUGUGAUUGUGAAACGUUCAAUGGCCAUGAACAAGCCCACGAUAUUCGUGAGCAUAAACUACCGCGUUUCUGCAUUCGGUUUCCUUCCCGGCAAAGAGGUGAAGGAAGCCGGCGUCGGCAACCUCGGCCUGCACGAUCAACGCCUUGCUUUCCGUUGGGUGCAAAAAUACAUCUCACAGUUCGGCGGAGACCCGACCAAGGUCACCAUCUGGGGACAAAGCGCCGGUGCGAUCUCCGUCGCGCUUCACAUGGUCACCAACGGCGGCGACACCGAAGGCCUCUUCCGGGGCGCAUUCAUGCAGAGCGGCUCGCCGAUCCCCGUCGGCGACAUGGAAGCCGGCCAAGCCGACUACGACGCGCUCGUCUCCCAGACCGGCUGCGCAGGAACCGCCGACACCCUGCAAUGCCUCCGGACGGUCGACUUUGAGGUGCUCAAGAAGGCGAUGGACAGCUCGCCCUCGUACUUGUCGUACCAGGCCCUCAACCUCGCGUGGACCCCGCGCGUCGACGGCGUCUUCCUCACCGACAUCCCGCAGAAGCUCGUCCUCGCCGGUAGCGUCGCCAACAUCCCCUUCGUUACCGGGAACUGCGACGACGAAGGGACGCUCUUCUCGCUCGCGUCGCUCAACGUGACGACGGACGCCGAGUUCCGGGACUACGUCGUGGGCAACUACAUCCCGAGCAUCACCGAGCCCGAACUCGAGAAGCUGCUCACCCUCUACCCGAGCGACCCCACCCAAGGCGCCCCGUUCGGCACUGGGGGCUCCAACGCGGUUUCGCCCCAGUUCAAGCGCCUCGCCGCCAUGCAAGGCGACCUCGUCUUCACCGCCCCCCGCCGCUUCUUCGCGCAGCAGCGCGCCGCCGCCCAGCCCGUCUGGUCCUACCUGAGCAAGCGGUGGAAGUCCGUCCCCCUCCUCGGCUCUUUCCAUGCGACGGACAAGCUGAACAGCUUCGGCGGGGGCGAGCUCACCGACUACCUCGUCAACUUCGCGACCGGCCUCGACCCGAACGGGAAGACGGUGCCGGCGUGGCCGCAGUACAGCGUCGCGGAGCCGAAGCUGAUGACGUUCCUCGGGGGGCUCCUGAAGCGGACCGCGAUCACGGCGGACGACUUCCGCACGGACGCGAUGGAGUACAUGACUGAGCUCUCGCUCAAGUACCCGCUGUGA